GUAUAUAUAUCAAUGUUAUCCCAGACUUUUUUGUCAAAAUAUGAUAAUUAAUGUUAUGAUCUGACAAUAAAAAUGUUUGUUCCGAAUCUUUGUGUAUCUAAUCCGAAAUCAAGUGAAUAUACUAGAUAGAAAUGAAUCUUAGGACAUACUGGACUAUCUUGGAAACUGUGCCUCUUCAAGCAUCUACAAGCAGUGAUCAGAGCGGGGAAAAUGUUCCAGAGUGUCCAAAUCUUCUGACACAAGCAACUGUCGUUGUACAAAUACCAUCAAGCGCAGCGCAUCAUUUGCACUAUGAACCAAAAGUAGGGGUAAAGAAUGAACGAAACCAUAUUGUUUUUGAACAUCCGUCAAGCUCUACUGUUAUUAGUGGUGCAUCUGACAGCACUCCUGAAACCGUUUUUGCUGCUACUUCAUCUGUAGUUUCGAGUGCUACCACAUUGCCAGAAAAUAAUGUCAACGUUGUAAUUGAGAAAUCUGAAGUAAACGAUUUCACAAACUUUUUAGCACCCAAAAAUUUAAAGUCUGAAAAUAUGCAAUAUGUCUGUGAAAAAUGUGGUAAAGCAUAUAAAAUUAAGGGUUCUUUAAAACGACAUAAAAGCUAUGAAUGCGGUGUGUCGCCUGCCUUAGCUUGUCGAUUUUGUAAACAUAAAAGUAAAUAUAAGUCAGAUCUGCGUAAACACAUGAUACAAAAGCAUUCUGACCAGUGUUUUGAAAACUGUUAGAAUUCGUACUUGCAAAUACUAGUGUAGCUACCUAAGCAGAAGCGAGGAAUUCGUUAAAUUGGAUGAUUUUCACCAAGAUUAAAUUAAAACUGUUUUAAAAUAUGGUAUCCUAAGAUUUUGAAUUUAUCAUAAAAGUGUAUGUACAUUUUAUAAGCACUAAAUUUUAUUCGGAAAUCAUCUAAAAUUAAUAGAUUUUCUCUAAUGUAAAUUUAUAUCGGUGGUUUCGUUAUCUUCAUACAAUGACAAGAAUGUUAAGAUAGCAUUUAUCAAUGUCGUUUUUUACGAUAUGAGCUCCGAUAAGUUUUAUUGUAAGAAACUUUCUUUUGAUUUUUUUUAAGGAAUGAUCAUCAAAUCGUCAUUCCAUUCAAUUUAACUCUGAUGAAGUUAUUAACUAGUGGCAUGAUUUCCCGUUCAUUAUUGAUGUAAUUAUGAUGGCAUCGUGCAGCGAGGUAUUCUUUUUCAUGCUACGUAGACCUAUUAUUUUGUAUUCCACUGGUUGUUUUAUGCACCGUGUUAAAAUUCUAAUUCCGAGGCGGAUACUUGUCUUUAUGUUUAUCCCAUAGCUGCAGGCACUAGCGAAUCACUAAUUGUAAUGAUAGUGAAACUGAGGCAUAGUCCUAUCAAUAACAGACUCUUUCAUUAAAAUAUAUUAAGAAAAACGACCCUAUCAUUUCGUAUACUUCACACAAAGAGAGCGGAAAAUAUGAAAUUUUAUAUCGUUUUUCGGAUAAUAAUACAAUAGAUGAACCUUAUGGCACAUUCAUGAUUUUUAUAAUCAUAAAAAUAGAGCAUCCUUUAGAGAAUCUAAUAUAUUGUAAUUUGAUUUCUUUUUAUUACGUUUGCAUUCUCGUUUCUAAUUGCGAAAUUGACGAAAUAAACUAAGGCUCACAAUCCACUCUCUUCAAUCCAAUAUGUUCCUAUUUCUGCGUUCCUUGCUUAACAUCCCCACUUUAUUGUGUUAUAUUGUAAAAUAUGUUUAUGUAAAUUGUUUCCCUGAUAUACUAAACGAAACUUUAAUUUUCCAUUUCCCGUUUAAAUUGCCCUUAAUCUCCACUAAAAUCAUGUUCUAUCAGGACAACUAUCAGAACUUUGAGAUCAUUCUUACCGGAAUAACAUUUUCACAAUCGGUGCUCCAGCUAAACCAAUUUUCAAUCAAUCUAUUGAAUUUUAAUCAUCGAAAAUGUUCCGAGCGAAUAACAUAUUUUUUUUAUUAAAUCAGUACUUACAUGUCUUGUUUAAAUUCAUGUAUUGUUUAUUGAAAAAAUAUACUUUGUUUGGAAUUCAUGUUCAUAUUCA